AUGACGGGUAAAUUGGUCGCGACCGCGGCCAUUGUGCUGGCGGCGGCCUCGCUCAUCGAGGGCACGCAGAUGAUCAUGGCAGCCAACGAGACGCAGUGCUUCACGACUUUUGCCAGCCGCACCGAGAAGCUCACGGGAUCAGCAGAAUCGGUGCCGGACGAAUCCGCCGUGAAACCUAUGAUCUACAAGGUCGACGGGCCGACGUCGAGGCCAACGACAGUUCCCGUCCUGGUCGUGAGCGACAACCAGUUCGAAUAUGACGUGCAGGAAACGGGCCACUACUCCUUCUGCCUCACCAACAAGUCCUACUCGAAGAACACCGUGAUUUUCAACUACAGGGUGGAAACCACCCUCAACAAGGAUCUGUCUCAGCUGUCCACCGUCGAGGACGCGAACGAACUUAUUGCUUUCGCUGAGAAGCUACUGGAGAACACCCACGUCAUCGUUGACCGCACGGAGACCUACAGCUCGCGGGAGCAGCUCUAUUCCGGCAUCAUCGACGACAUGAACGUCAGGAUCAUCAGGUGGUCGACUUGCCAGCUGAUUUUCCUCAUCGUCAUCUGCUUCUGUCAGAUCUACUACAUCAGCUCGUUCUUCGAAGUAAAGAGCUUUGUCUGA